AUGGUAUCGGGAGGCCAUGGGAUGAGGGGUCGAGGGGAACCCCUCCACGCACCCCACCUCUCUGACAUCUACGCCAACAGUGCUAUCCAGCAACAGGACUAUUCUGCAACCAUCUGGCUCCGCAGCAAAGAGAAGCUGGAACAUGUGAGUGCCCUGAACACACCCCUAAAAACACCUUAUACACACUGGGGGAAGUUGGGGAUAUUCCAGAGGAAUGUCGUACAGUAGUAUUAGUAGGGGACAGAGGCUAGAGACAGGUUGGGCUGGGGUACUGGCUGAGAAUAAUUUGAGGGAUGGUUGACUUCGAUCUCUUGUCUAACCCCAAAAUUAAAUCCACUCAACUUGGAUUAAAUGUAAUUGAUUUGGGACAGGAUCUCCGCAGGGAAUACAUUCAUAUGAAUGUAAGCUGAUUGAAAUGCUCAUACAGGAACCAGUUUGCCAAGUGUCAUGACUAUCAAAGCGACAGGGCCUAGGUUAACUGUCCUCAAGUCAAAAUGUGACACUAUAUAAAAUUGUAAUUCUUUGUUUUCAAAUGCCAUGCAAUGGAGCAUUAUAACAACCUUCACCCUCCAACCUAAACUCAAGUGCUCCACUACAGCAUAUACUGUAUCGUGUGUGGGAGGAUGGCAGGAUCUCUAGAAUAGGAAAUCCACCAUCUAUAUUCAAUAUAUUACCAUUAGACUGUAAGCUAGCAUUGUCCAUUCUCAGCCCAGUCAUUUGGCAUGCCUGGAGCUGGCCACCGGAGGAUUGCAGCCGAGGAAGUGUGCUUCGCUGCCUCCAAUGAGAAUUGAUUACUUCCACUGUCCACCUCACACACACUCAACGCCUGCUUUAAAUAGUGCCGAUCGAGCUCCAAACUUUGUUUUAACUUCUUCUCUCUUUUAAUUUUAAAUGCCCGCUGCCAAAGCUCAAACUAACUUAAGUGUUGGUUUCUGCUUCAGGUUCUAUUUUCUACAUUGGCGUUUAAGUUAAGGGAGUCGUGUUUUGACCUUUUGUUAGGGUUACACAGACUUAGGCUAAACUCCUCCUCCGUAGCCUAGAGACUUCCUCUCCCUCUGAGCAUGCCCUCUUGGAGGCAGUGAGCUUUUUAGCUGAAAUUGAGUGUAAAUAUUUAAUGGUUGGGGGUGGUAAGGGACUGGGAUUUCUGCCUGCUUUAAGUAUAGUGAGUAUAGUAGAUACCUGCCUUGAACACUCAUGUCGGAAGGGAAGAGAGAGAUGUGCCACAAUAGUAAUUGUUAUGUACUUGACCUGGGUUCAAAUUGUUUUAAAAUAAUAAUAAUUUCAGCAUUUGCUUGAGCCUGCCUGCAGUGCCAGAUGGGCAGGGUUUACACUUUUAGGACUAUUGUAUUCCAUUUCGCUAAGCAAGCUCAAUCAGACAGGUCAAGUAUUUGAAAUGAUUUCAAAUAGUAUUUGAACCCAGUUCUGGUGAGUAGAGACCCUGCCCUGAAAACUCAUGUCGGAACAGGGAGACGUGCCACUGUAGUACUGUUAUGUACAGUCUGUCCUCAGUCUGUCUGCUACACUACACUCACUACUGUUCCUUUAUAAAGCCCAGACCCACCUCAGCCUCACACGCUAACACCAUGCAGCACUCAUCAGUAGAUUAUGUCUUUUCAAAAGGUUAAAUACACAUCGACCCCAGAACUUAACCUUUAGGAACACCACACACUAUCAAUUAAAUACAUUUUAAUGUCUUCAUAGCUAGUUCACUGACUUAAUUUCAUGAGAUAAUGAUGUUUUAUGCUCACUUCCAGAACCCAUCCUGUUAAUUUGGGAACUACCUUACAUGUGUAGAAUUAAACAUGCUAUAAUAACAAAAUUACUAAAUGUGUGUUAAAAUCUGCAAUAUCAGUAUUUAUGCCUUACAAUCCAUUGGGCUGGUUUAUGGAUUACGCAGGGCUGCAUUACAAGAAAUGAAUUAUUGGGAAAGCCGAGCAGCUACAGAGUCAGACAGAGACUCCAGCUAUAGACAGAGACUUUGUGGACCGGCGGCUUCUACAGUUGUAGGAUCUUAAUUUGAGCCAGUUUGCUACAGCAGGAAAUUAAUGCUCUAGCAACAGGACAUUUGAAUUAUUAUGUGGAUUAUAAUGAAUGGAAAUGUUUUGUAGGGGUUGAUACAUUUUUUGUUAGGGCAAGUCUGACAUUUUAAAGUGUAAAUUACAAACUUUAGAAGCCUUUUGAAACCUCGAAUACACUACAAGUUAGGAUUUUUUGCUGUGCAGGAAAAUUCUCAACAACAAAAGAGUUGAUCAAAUUAAGAUCUACAUCUGUAAUUUAUCUCUAUUUUCGACCCACUUGGAACUUCCUGCCAGUAUUAAAACUUUGGUCAUUUUUCACCUUCAGCUCGCUCCAGCACCAAAGUUUUUCUCUCUGGUCUAGAGAAGAUAGAGCGAAGAGUCGAGGCAUGUAGAGAGAGCUGAGAUAGCUCUCUAUAGGCAGGAUAGAUCGUCUCAUAUCUCUAGCGCUCUAGCUCUCUCGAGCGAUCUAGCUAUCUCUCCUCUAUUCUACUCUCUCAUCUCUCUCUCCUCUCUCUCUCUCUCUCUCUCUCUCUCUCUCUCUUCUCCCUCUCACCCUCUCUUCCCCUCGUGGGCAUGGCGCCAGUCUCCCAUGGCGCUGGUGCCCGACGGCCCACUCAGCACAUCACAGACAUUGACCCUCACCAUGAAACCACGCCGACAUGCGGACACACAAACACCUAUUUCCUGUUCCUGUUUUGGAACGUGUGAAUGAGUCAUGGUAUUAUGUGUGAAGGUGAAAAACUGUGUACCUGUGUCACCUCUAUCACGUGUACCUUGAUCACCUUCACAACGGUGCCUGUACAAGAGGGUAAAGGGAAUAUAUUAUAGCAUUCUUAUGACACGUGAGGGGCAGAAUAAAGAUGUAGGAGAUUUAGUUGGAUUCACUGUAGUCCAAAACGCACAUUUCAUCAAUGACUUGUGAUCCCUCCAUCCUCAUUCAAAACUGACCAUAUGGUACAAGUCCCCUACAGACGUAGGAUCUUAAUUUGAUCACUCUUUUGUGGCUGAGAAUUUUUAGGACUAUUGUAUUAGUUCCAUUUAGCUAGGCAAGCUCAAUCAGACACAGGUCAAGCAUUUGAAAUAAUUUCAACUCAUGCAGGAACCAGUUGACCAAGUGCCGUGACCAUCAAAGAGAUUGGGCCUAGGUUAGCUGUCCUCAAGUCAAAAUGUGACACUAUAUAAAAUUGUAAUUCUUUGUUUUCAAAUGCCAUGCAAUGGAGCAUUAUAACAGCCUUCACCCUCCAACCUAAACUCAAGUGUUCCACUACAGCAUAUACUGUAUCGUGUGUGGGAGGAUGGCAGGAUCUCUAGAAUAGGAAAUCCACCAUCUAUAUUCAAUAUAUUACCAUUAGACUGUAAGCUAGCAUCGUCCAUUCUCAGCCCAGUCAUUUGGCAUGCCUGGAGGUGGCCACUGGAGGAUUGCAGCCGAGGAAGUGUGCUUCGCUGCCUCCAAUGAGAAUUGAUUACUUCCACUGUCCGCCCCACACACACUCAAUGCCUGAUUUAAAUAGUGUCGAUCGAGCUCCAAACUUUGUUUUAACUUCUUCUCUCUUUUAAGCAAAACAAAUUGAAAUGCCAAACUUAAGGGGUUAUUUUCCUGCUGUAGCAAACUGGCUCAAAUGAAGAUCCUCCAUCUGUAUCUUCCCCUCUCACACACUGUAACCACCGUAACACAACACCCUCCCAGACAUGUCUCUCUGUGGUUGAGUGGAGCUCCACAGUGUGAAGUGUGAGACUUCUGCAGUAGUAGUCCCUUGUAUAGCUGAGGUAGUCUUAAUCAGUCUCUAGUGUGAGUGCGCUGGGCCAUAGACAGUACAUGAAAAUAAUGAUGUCUCUAUUGGAGAAUUACAGUGUGAAGAGGCUGCUCUGAGCCAGUGCAAUGAAACAGCACUGGAAUUGGCAUGAAAAGGUUUAGCAUGGGCACUCAUAUUCUCACAAUGUUCUACAGCUGCACCACUGAGAGCAUCUUGACUGGCUGCAUAACCGCUUGGUAUGCCAACUGCUCAGCAUCUGACCACAAGGCGCUACAGACGGUAUUGCGUACAGCCAAGUACAUCACUGGGGCCAAACUCCCUACCAUCCAGGACCUCUAUACCAGGCGGUGUCAGAGGAAGGCCCUAAAAUUUGUCAAAGACUCCAUCCACCCAAGUCAUAGACUGUUCUCUCUGCUAAUGCACGACAAGUGGUACCGGAGCACCAAGUCUGUGACCAAAAGGCACCUGAACAGCUUCUACCCCCAAGCCAUAAGACUGCUUAACAGUUAAUCAAAUGGCUACCCAGACUAUUUACAUUGACCCCCUUUACUAUUUAUUUCUUAAUUGUUUUGCACUGACUCCCUUGACUGGCUCUAUGCACACUCACUAGACUCUACCAACACACUCACACAUACUACACUGACACUCCAACACACAAACAUACACACACACACACACACACACACACACACACACACACACACACACACACACACACACACACACACACACACACACACACUCUUGCAUAUUGACACCACACACACACACACACACACACACACACACACACUUGCAUAUUGACACCACACACACACACACACACACACACACAUAGGACCCACUUUCACACUUCACAUAGGCUGCUGCUACUCUGUUCAUUAUGUGUCCUGAUUCCCACAUGUACAUAUCACCUCAAUCACCUCCACUACCUCGUACCGCUGUCACGCCCUGACCUUGAGAACCCUGUUAUUCUCUAGUUAGUUUGGUCAGGGUGUGAAUGUUGACAUUCUAUGUUAUGUAUUUCUAUGUUGGCCGGGUGUGGUUCCCAAUCAGAGGCAGCUGUCGAUCGUUGUCUCUGAUUGGGGAUCAUACUUCAGCAGCCAUUUUGCCUACCUUUAGUUGUGGGAUCUUGUUUCUGAUUCUGUUUCAGCUUGUUGCUGUUAGCGUUUAGAACUUCAUGUUCAGUUGCUUUUGUUAUUUUGUCAAGUGUUUAUUUAAUAUAUUAAACAUGUAUGCAUACCACGCUGCACCUUGGUCCGACCAUUUAUACAACGAACGUGACAACCGCUGCACAUUGACUCGGUGCCAGGACUCCUCGUAUAAAGCCUCGUUGUUGUUUUUAUUGUGUUACUAUUUCUUUUUUUUAUUUAGCAAAUAUUUGUCUUACUUUUUAACUCUGCACUUUUGGGAAUGGGCUCGUAAGUAAGCAUUUUGCUGUAAAGUCUACACCUGUUGUAUUCGGCGCAUGUGACCAAUACAAUUUGAUUUUAUUUGAAUUUGAAAGCUCAAUGGGAGGGUUAUCUCCAGGGUUAAAACAGGAGUUUUUCUGACUAUAUGAGCUGACUAUUUUUUUAUUAAAAAAAAUUAAAAAACAUUGAGAAACCCACUGACCUAAAUAUGAUUUGAGAAAGUACACAGACAUGUUAAAGUGUGACCUCCUGCCACCAUUAGGGGUUUCUAGGCAUCAACUAUAUCUAAAAGUAAAAGUUUGUCAUUUCCUCUUUCGUCCAGUGUGUGUGUGCGUUCCAGCGUGUGCACCCACCUUUGGCAACAUUCACCUCUCUCAGGACGACUCAACCCUUCCUGUCUACCCUGUCCCGCUCUCUCUCUCUCUCUCUCUCUCUCUCUCUCUCUCUCUCUCUCUCUCUCUCUGUCUCUGUCUCUCUCUCUUUCGCUCUCUCCCGUUCUCUCUCUCUCUCUCUCUCUCUCUCUCUCUCUCUCUCUCUCUCUGUCUCUGUCUCUCUCUCUCUCUCCUCCAGUCAGAGGGUGACACCCAGAGGGCACCUCUCUCUCUAGCCCAGUGGGGUUCCUCAUCACAUUAUCCCUCUAGGAUGCUGUAGUGCAGUAUGAGCAUCCUACCCUCCCUCUCAUCAACCAUCAUAUAUCCUGGAACUACCAUUAUACACACUUAAUUGACAGUAGAGUAGAAGUAACAUUUCCUCACAUUGUAUUGAAACAUGAGUCAAGCUCUGUUCUCAUAUUCUAUGUCAUUGAGGAUGUAGCCUCGAUUCCAGGCCUCCUCUUGCACGUUCCUUUAACUGAGACUAUUGAGGAUACAACUGUUUAUACUGCAAGCUGGUUUAGCGUACAUUAAUAUCCCUAAAGUGGGUGUUAUAGAGUGUCAGUGUGGCAAGUUUGUCAACUUUAUGGAUGAGAUCUCAGACACUUAGCAGAGAUAGAUGGGUCAAGAUGGGGAGUUAGAUGGAUGUGAAAGAUGUAUUCCUCAGACUCCCAAGGUUGUUUGAGGUAAAUUGUCUUUAACUCAACUUUUCUCUCUCUCUCUCUCUCUCUCUCCCUCCUCUCUCUCUCUCUCUCUCUCUCUCCUUCCCUCUCUCCCUAUGGGCUCCAACCCCCUAUGCCGAAUUAGAUUCAGCGGUAGCCUCCUGCAGUAGGCAGCAUAUGCUCUUCCGUCUUCGCUAGUGCUAAGCCAUGCCAAGUUAUCCCUGUGAAUAAAAAAGAGACAGAACAUUAGAGUUGAAGAGAAAGAUGAAAGUGGUUUAGUUUCAUGCAUGCUUGAUUCUUCCUCACUUCCUCACUGCAGUCUUUUAUGGGCUUUUGUGCACUGCAGAGUGCAAGAGUGUUUAAUCUUCAGCUGAAGACUGUAGACUAGAGUAGAAAGGGGUCUGGGCUGGUGUAGAGAUGUUAUGGAUGUUGAUGGCCUUAAGCACAGUGAGUGAAUUAAAAUGAUUAUAACACAGGAAAUUGAAAUGUAGGGCAUAGAAAACAAACAUACUAUUAUGUCGUCAUUUGAAGAUUUAUAAUAGAGUUUUAUCAGUGAUCUUGGCUUGAUGCGUAGAAUUAUAAGAUAUGCUGUGUGUGCGUGCUUGUGUGUGUGUGCUUGUGUGUGUGUGUGUGUGUGUGCUUGUGUGUGUGCUUGUGUGUGUGUGUGUGCAUGUGUGUGUUCUUUGUACAUUGUAUGUAUAAUGUAUUUGUGUAUACCUAUAUCCAUCACAUGAAUAUGUUGGGUGGAUGGAGGUGCAGUUGAAUCAAUACCAUAAACAUUCUGUUAGUUCUGCAGCUGCUUUAGUUUCUGCCCUAUACCCAGUGGGUAUUUUGGGGGAUUUCAUUCUAGUCCCUAGCAAGGUCCAUUUGCUUUCUGCCGGUUGAGUUUUGCUUCACAGGGCAGGUAGGAAGGAAGGAAGGAAGGAAGGAAGGAAGGAAGGAAGGAAGGAUGGAAGGAAAGGAGAGGAGCGGGUGGGAUGGAGGAAGAGGGGAGGGAGGGAUGAGGCAUCGGCUUGGAGAGAGCUUUUACAUUGGAUGUUUGGACUGAAGGGGUGGGCACAGUCCUGUUCCUACUCUACCUCUCAGUUUGCCUCUGUCAGUGUGGAGGGGAGAAGAGAGAACACACACACAUCCCAACACACACACUUUCACACUAUCACUGUGGACAGAGUAGAAGAGCACACAAAGGAAGAGCCAGAGAGGAAGAGGAGAGACCAUGUCAGGGCUUACCGGGACAGACCUUCGACUACACCACACGCAUCGCCGGGACAAGAGCAACAGCAUUAUGAGGACAAGGGGACACUGUGAGGACAGUGUCAUGGUUAUGGUUUACGAGGACAGGGUCAUGGUUUACUAGGUCACUGAGACUGGAAAAUGUCUAAUGUGAUUAAUCGUUAGUUGACCGUUAGUUGACCAGGUGUGUGAAGUUUAAAGGACUCAUGGCAGCACCAACUACACAGCCACAGGAGCCUAUGAAGGUGAGUUUGAGAUUGAUACAUUUAUUAUCUUCCUUUUUCUAUUCUUCAGAAUGAUUUGUGUAUAUUCUUAUUUAUUAUAUUAUACAGAAUUGGGUGUUAAGGUCCUUACAGAACUUACUGCCUCAUUUCGGUUGCGUAACCUUUCUAUCUGAGAUUUUAAUGCUUGAUCAUAAUGAGAUUUGCAUAAUAUAAUAUGCCAUUUCGCAGACGCUUUUAUCCAAAGCAACUUACAGUCAUGCGUGCAUACAUUUUUGUGUAUGGGUGGUCCCGGGGAUCGAACCCACUACCUUGGCGUUACAAGCGCCGUGCUCUACCAGCUGAGCUACAGAGGACCACGGUUGAUUAUGAUAUCCAGAAGAAAACGCUGAGUAGUCUGCAUAUUAUUUACUUGGAAUUAAUUGCAUACAGAUACAAUUGGUCACACAGAAUAGUGUUUUUUAAAUGAUUUAAUUAAAGAACAUUUUGCUGUGGAAUGAAAAAUUAUAACAGAAAAUGUCAUUCUGGGUUUAUGCCAGGAUAGUCUCUGUGAAAAUGUCUUCAUUUAUCUGACAGGUCUGGCUUGUAUUUAUUGCGGAAUAAUUUCCCCGUGGGUAUUAACACCAGUGAAACGUGGCGAGGUCCUUGACUCGGCUAAAUUAAUUGAAGGGAGGAGCGGUUCCCUCGUUCCCUCAGCGUGACAGACGAGUGCAAAGUGCAUCCGGCUGCUUCUCCUUCUUUCAGCAUGAGCGCUCGAGACAGACAGGGUGGAGAGUGGAUGAUGGCCCGGGUUUGAAAUUGACUUGACAUCAUUUUUCUAUGGGGACUGGCCAUUCUCAACAUGUUAUAUCUGAGGAGUGACAAUUUUUGUUUUACUAACUGUCGAAGGUUGCAUUGUUUUUUCUGACUGUUUUGCUUCACUUGCAAAAGUUACAGUGAGGGAAAAAAGUAUUUGAUCCCCUGCUGAUUGUGUACGUUUGCCCACUGAAAAAGAAAUGAUCAGUCUAUAAUUUUUAAUGGUAGGUUUAUUUGAACAGUGAGAGACAGAAUAACAACAAAAAAAUCCAGAAAAAUUAAUGUAAAAAAUGUUAUAAAUUGAUUUGCAUUUUAAUGAGGGAAAUAAGUAUUUGACCCCUCUUCAAAACAUGACUUAGUACUUGGUGGCAAAACCCUUGUUGGCAAUCACAGAGGUCAGACGUUUCUUGUAGUUGGCCACCAGGUUUGCACACAUCUCAGGAGGGAUUUUGUCCCACUCCUCUUUGCAGAUCUUCUCCAAGUCAUUAAAGUUUUGAGGCUGACGUUUGGCAACUCGAACCUUCAGCUCCCUCCACAGAUUUUCUAUGGGAUUAAGGUCUGGAGACUGGCUAGGCCACUCCAGGACCUUAAUGUGCUUCUUCUUGAGCCACUCCUUUGUUGCCUUGGCCGUGUGCUUUGGGUCAUUGUCAUGCUGGAAUACCCAUCCACGACCCAUUUUCAAUGCCCUGGCUGAGGGAAGGAGGUUCUCACCCAAGAUUUGACGGUACAUGGCCCCGUCCAUCGUCCCUUUGAUGCGGUGAAGUUUUCCUGUCCCCUUAGCAGAAAAACACCCUCAAAGCAUAAUGUUUCCACCUCCAUGUUUGAUGAUGGGGAUGGUGUUCUUGGGGUCAUAGGCAGCAUUCCUCCUCCUCCAAACACGGCGAGUUGAGUUGAUGGCAAAGAGCUCGAUUUUGGUCUCAUCUGACCACAACACUUUCACCCAGUUCUCCUCUGAAUCAUUCAGAUGUUCAUUGGCAAACUUCAGAUGGCCCUGUAUAUGUGCUUUCUUGAGCAGGGGGACCUUGCGGGCGCUGCAGGAUUUCAGUCCUUAACGGCGUAGUGUGUUACCAAUUGUUUUCUUGGUGACUAUGGUCCCAGCUGCCUUGAGAUCAUUGACAAGAUCCUCCUGUGUAGUUCUGGGCUGAUUCCUCACCAUUCUCAUGAUCAUUGCAAGAGUGUGCUCCUAAUCUCAGCUCAGUACCUGUAUAAAAGACACCUGGGAGCCAGAAAUCUUUCUGAUUGAGAGGGGGUCAAAUACUUAUUUCCCUCAUUAAAAUGCAAAUCAAUUUAUAACAUUUAUGACAUGCGUUUUUCUAUAUUUUUUGUUGUUGUUAUUCUGUCUCUCACUGUUCAAAUAAACCUACCAUUAAAAUUAUAGACUGAUCAUUUCUUUGUCAGUGGGCAAACUUACAAAAUCAGCAGGGGAUCAAAUACUUGUUUCCCUCACUAGGUUGUGAAUGAUGGCAAAUUUCUGACUGCUUUAAGUUUUAAAAAGCUACUGGAAGAAGGGGGAAAUUCCACUGCUCCUUCACCCAAAGGCACAAAACGAGCUGACAUGGGGCCAGAGAUGGAUGGUGAUGAAAAUACUAUGUCUAGCUAUCAAACGUUUUAUAGGUUGUGAUGUUGGUAAAUUCCUGACUGCAUUGAAUCUUAAAAAGCUACAGUUAUGGAAGAAGGGUCCAGGGCAAGGCUCCCUCACCCAAGACAAGCUGACAGGGGCCAAGGGAGGAUGUUGAUUAAAAUACAAAAUGGGAGAUGAAAAGAGAGAGAGAAUACAUAAUGUGAUGCUGACAGCCACACACAAUGCAACACUGAUACAGGCGCCGUCAACAGUUGUGCCAAAGGGCCAAACAACCGAGAGAAUGAGAUUGCAGGAGUGUCGAGCUAAGCAAAACAGAACUGCCAGCCUGCACUUUUAAAUGUAGAACGAAAAUCGGGAUUUCUUGAGGAUACCUCUCAGAAGAGCUGUAUUCUGACCAUUGACCACAUUGACUUGGCCCUCAAUUAAAGCUACAUGCAUCAAACCCACUAGGAGAAGGAAGAAGAAAAUGAUAUCUUUACUGUCCCUUUACUGUCUUCUAGACACAAUACUGUUGUAUAAAGUAGAUACUUAUACUAUUAAAUAUUUCAUUUACAUCUACUACACAUAGCGUGACAAUACAUUGCAUAAAGUAAGGAUUGUAAACAGACAAAAAAAGACCCAAAAAAGUGGUACACAUUCUUAACACAGCAAAGCAGCCGGUUUAAGGUUUAACAAAAUCUUUUCAGCUCUGAUGCACCUGAACAAAGCAGGCGGGCAUAGAGCGGCUGUAGAAAAUCCCUACAUACCAAAGCCCCUGUUCUUUUACUUCAAUGAAUCAGUGCUUUCCUUCUUUCUUCCCUUUAAACACAGUUUUACUGUGAAUCAAAUUGCCUUCAGUUUGGUUUGGAAGACUGUUCCACUUCACUUGUCCCCUCAGCUUCUUCUUAGCUUAAAGUAGGAUUUCUGAGAUAGGAAUAUUGGGCAUGUGUGUUGUGUGUGUGUGUGUGUGUGUGUGUGUGUGUGUGUGUGUGUGUGUGUGUGUGUGUGUGUGUGUGUGUGUGUGUGUGUGUGUGUGUGUGUGUGUGUGUGUGUGUGUGUGUGUGUGUGUGUGUGUGUGUGUGUGUGUGUGUGUGUGUGUGUGUGUGUGUGUGUGUGUGUGUGUGUGUGUGUGUGUUGGUCCUCAGGGAAAAGGAAUCCAUGGACCAUCCCUUCCUUUGUGACAUCUGAUGUCUGACUCUACACAGUCCAAUGACGAUUUAGUUGGGUUAUUGAUUCGUAAAAUCCUGACUGUCGAUCAAUUGUUUUGACGAUUGAUUUACAAAUCUAAUGGAGGAUGAUUUUCUUGUUGUGCAACACCUGAGACCUAAUGGACUUGUCAAUAGUUAAUCUUGUCAUUUUUUCUUCUUGGCUGAGAUUCUAUUAGUCCUAAUCAGGAAAGAGAGAUUGAGGAGUGGUUAAUAAAUCCAUUGUCAGUUGUCAGUUUUGCUCCCUUGGCUGCAUUUCUAUUAGUCUCAAUCUGGGAUGUAAACAAAUUACAAGGGGACAGAUUGAGAUUUAGGUUGAGGUGCAUUCAAUAUCUCCAUUGAGGUUCCUUUUAAUUCCACUCAGGAAACGUCAUAACUGAUUACUGUGUUGAUGUGGAUCGUGUUCAUUAGGGCAUACAUUUUAAAACAUUUUGCAAUGGAAAACAAACAUGUGUGUUUCCUAUUGGAUAACUCCAGGGUCGUAUUCAUUAGGGCACACCAUAUCUAAGUAUUUUGCCACAGAAAACAAAAUAACAUUUUCUCGUUAGACAAGUCUAAGCUGUCUGUCCAUGUUUCAGUCUGUUUGGUGCCUAAUGAACACAACCCUGAUUUGAUGUGUUGUGCUUUCGCUCUGUCUUUCAGUCCCAACAGAAGUCCACUUUAGUCAUCCACAUUUCCUUCUGCUUUCUUCCGUUGUGUGUCUAAUGAACACAAUCAUGAUGUGUGUUUCUCCCUGUCUUCCAGUCUCAGCAGAAGUGCAUAGCCAUCUUUGCUCUGCUGUGCUGCUUCACUGUGCUGGUGGCUCUCAUCUUCUCCGCUGUAGACGUCUGGGGGGAGGACGAGGACGGAAUCACAGAGGAGAACUGUAACAGACACUGUCGGUAAGAGGUACAGGAACUAUAAUCAAGGAACCCAGAACCAAAUACUUGCGCUAGCUAAAUGAAAGUCAUUACAGUGGACCAAAACAGUCUGCAGGGCUACCUAUCCGUAACAAGUAUAGCUACAUGCCUACAACAUUAUCAUCAUUGACGGGAGUCAAACUCUUCAUAGACAUAGGCCAUAGUUGUCUGCAUCAUGGAUUUCAGAGCUCUGAAAUUAUGUAUAUGAUGUUUAUGAUUAAAACUGUAUGCUUUCUCAUCAGCAUUGUCCUUGUGGAGAACAUUCCAGAGGACCUCCCCCUUUCCAUAGAUGGUACAACCCACGUGCCCCUCUCCACAGGCCUCAACAGCCUGUUGGACGAGGCCAAGCACUCAGUGGAGGUGGUAUCUCCCGUCUGGAACCUCAACUCAUGGGACCAGGAGACAUGGCCCAACUCUGGCAAACAGGUAUCAUGUAACAAGAAUACCACAUCUACUUCUUCUUCUUCUUCUUCUUCUUCUUCUUCUUCAUAUAUCGCAAACUAUAAAACUAUGAGACCAUUCUAUACUGUAAAUGUUCUGGUUGGCAAAGUGCUAUUCCAUUAAAUCAGCAGUGCGCCCAGCAGCAGAAAUUGAUACUAAACCACACAAAAACCUGUAACAGUCUUUGGAUAAGGACAUUCACAGAGCAAAGGGAACAAUAACAGUCAUACUGUACAUAUCACUUUAUGUCUCAGGGCCAGCUUCUGUUCCAGAGACUGCUCAACCUCAAGACUCGUGAGGUUAAAUUGAAGAUUGCCAGCAGUCUCACAGACUCUGCUGAAUUGCAGAAACUAACAGAGCAUGGUAAGUGACACUUCAUUCAUAUCAUUCCACAUAAUAUACAAAAACAGCAAUGUAUUAUUCAUUGAUCGCUGCACCCCAUAGGCCAUAGCAAACUGUUGGCCUAUAGUACUGUGUGUGCCCAAGUAUGCAUACAUAUAGAUGUAGGAUCUUAAUUGAAUCACUCUUUUGUUGUUGAGAAUUUUCCUGCACAGCAGGAAAUGCAAACUUGUAGUGUCUUUGAGUUUUAAAAAGACUUUUAAAGUUUAUAAAUUCCACGAAAAAUAUAUCAACACCUACAAAAAUGUCCAUUAAUUAUAAUCCACAUAGUAAUUCACAUUUCCUCUUGCUGCAGAAUUAUUUUACUGCUGUAGCAAACUGGCUAAAAUUAAGAUCCUACAUCUGUAGGCUACAGUGUCUCAUAUGUAUCUUAAGAAAGCAGAUACAACACUUUAUAUAACAUUUUGUCAUACCCGUGGUAUACUGUCUGAUAUACCACGGCUGUCAGCCAAUCAGCAUUCAUGGCUCGAUCCACCCAGUUUAUAAUGUCUGAUAUACCACAGCUGUCAGCCAAUCAGCAUUCAGGGCUCGAACACCCCAGUUUAUAAAACACUUCAUAUAACAUCCAUCAUAGUAUGAGCUCCACUCUCACUCCUUGAACUUGAGUCCACAAGGUCAAACAACAUGAAUAUGAAAAUGGAUCCGACUUAAUGGGUUCCUUGUCAAAUUGGGCUGCCUCCUGCCUCCAAGGCUGCCUGUACAUCUGUCUGUCAGCUACAGGCCACAUUGGCAAGCUUCCCUUUCUUCUCGAAUUUGGCCCUGAUUUAAGGGGCCAAUAGAAACAGGGCUUUAGUAUCCUAAAUGCUUGUCUUGAGAUUGUGCCCGUCAGCAAGGCAGUUUACUUCUCCCUCCUAAACUGCUCCUGGGGUUCUGCACUGCAGCCAACCCUGUGCUUCCAAUCCCAUGGAGUUGAGCUGAUGAAAUACCCAUUUCCAUUCUCUUCAAGAAAAUAGACAAUAAAGUAUUCUUCUUCCAUGACUUCGUUUUCCCCCUGCAGGUGCCGAGGUUCGCUUUGUGAAUAUGUCAGCUCUGACCAGAGGCGGACUGCACUCCAAUUUCUGGGUUGUUGAUAGGAAGCAUGUGUUCAUUGGCAGUGCCAGCAUGGACUGGAGAUCACUGUCCAAGGUACCAGUUCUAGACCAGGGUUUCCCAAACUCGGUCCUGGGGCCCCCCCUGGGUGCAUGUUUUGGUUUUUGCCCUAGCACUACACAGCUAAUUAAAAUAACGAACUACUCAUCCUUUGAUUAUUUGAAUCAGCUGUGUAAUGCUAGGGCAAAUACCAAAACGUGCACCCAGGGAGAGCCCCAGGACCGAGUUUGGGAAACCCUGAUCUAGUCCAUUAGUGAUUAGAGAAGUGGUUACCUGGCACUUUUCAUGCCCUAAUGCCAGCUGGUGUUAGAACUCCCAUUGAGUGUAAUUAACAUAUUGGCCAAUUAGGAGUCAACACACACACACAACGACACACACAAACACACACACACACAGUGAAAUCUACACACUCUAGCAGAAAUGUCAGCAGACAGCAUAAAUGUCUCAAGGCACUGCACAUGCAAUAAUGAGCUGUCAGCAGUCUUUGUCAGCUGAAACAAACAGGUACAGUGCCUUCGGAAAGUAUUCAGACCCCUUGACUUUUUCCACAUUUUUUUACGUUACAGCCUUAUUCUAAAAUGGAUUAAAAUAAAAAUACAAACUCAGCAAUCUACACACAAAACCCCAUAAUGACAAAGCAAUUAUUUUUUUGCAAAUGUAUACAAAUUUAUAAACAGAAAUACCUAAGUAUUCAGACCCUUUGCUAUGAGACUCGAAAUUGAGCUCAGGUGCAUCCUGUUUCCAUUGACCAUCCCUGAGAUGUUUCUACAACUUGAUUGGAGUCCACCUGUGGUAAAUUCAAUUGAUUAGACAUGAUUUGGAAAGGCAAACACCUGUCUAUAUAAGGUCCCACAGUUGACAGUGCAUGUCAGAGCAAAAACCAAGCCCUGAGGUCGAAGGAAUUGUCCGUAGAGCUCCGAGACAGGAUUGUGUUGAGGCACAGAUCUGGGGAAGGGUACCAAAAAAUGUCUGCAGCAUUGAAGGUCCUCCAUCAUUCUUAAAUAGAAGAAGUUUGGAACCAUCAAGGCUGUUCCUAGAGCUGGCCACCCAGCCAAACUGAGCAAUCGGGGGAGAAGGGCCUUGAUCAGGGAAGUGACUCUGACACCCGAUGGUCACUCUGACAGAGCUCUAGAGUUUCUCUGUGGAGAUGGGAGAAACUUCCUGAAGGAUAAUCAUCUCUGCAGCACUCCAUCAACCAAGCCUUUAUGGUAGAGUGGCCAGACGGAAGCCACUCCUCAGUAAAAGGCACAUGAAAGCCCGCUUGGAGUUUGCCUAAAGACUCUCAGACCAUGAGAAACAAGAUUCUCUGGUCUGAUGAAACCAAGAUUGAACUCUUUGGCCUGAAUGCCAAGCAUCACGUCUGGAGGAAACCUGGCACCAUCCCUACGGUGAAGCAUGGUGGUGGCAGCAUCAUGCUGUGGGGAUGUUUUUCAGCGGCAGGGACUGGGAGACUAGUCAGGAUCGAGGCAAAGGUGAACGGAGCAAAGUACAGAGAGAUCCUUGAUGAAAACCUGCUCCAGAGCACUCAGGACCUCAGACUGGGGCGAAGGUUUACCUUCCAACAGGACAACGACCCUAAGUACAAACGCAAGACAACGCAGGAGUGGCUUCGGGACAGGUCUCUGAAUAUCCUUGAGUGGCCCAGCCAGAGCCCGGACUUGAACCUGAUCGAACAUCUCUGGAGAGACCUGAAAAUAGCUGUGCAGCAACGCUCCCCAUCCAACCUGACAGAGCUUGAGAGGAUCUGCAGAGAAGAAUGGGAGAAACACCCCAAAUACAGGUGUGCCAAGCUUGUAGCAUCAUACCCAAGAAGACUUGAUGCUGUAAUCGCUGCCAAAGGUGCUUCAACAAAGUACUGAGUAAAGGGUAUUUUAUUUCUAAAAACCUAUUUUUGCUUUGUGAUUAUGGGUUAUUGUGUGUACAUUGAUGGGGGGGGGGGGGGGGGAACAAUUUAAUAAAUGUUUGAAUAAGGCUGUAACGUAAGAACAUUUGGAAAAAGUCAAGGGGUCUGAAUACUUUCCGAAGGCCACAGACACAAUAUACUGACACAACCAAUAUUUUCAUCAGAAAAGUAUACACUUACAGUAUAUGGCAUUCAACUAGCCUGUUUGAGGAGUUUCUCUCUCUCUCUACCACUGUCCAGUCAAUACUCUCAUUCUCUCUUUUCUAACCAGCCAGUUAACCGCAUUGCCUCCUCAUCUCCCUCCCUCUCUUCCCUCCAUCUCUCCACAGAGGAAGGAGUUAGGAGUGAUGGUUUAUAACUGCAGCUGUCUGGCUAUAGACCUCCAUAGGGUAUUUUCCUUCUACUGGCAACUCCAGUACAGAGACUACAUCCCCUCUAUCUGGUCCAAGAGAGUCACGUCCUCACGAAGGACAGCCACCUAACACUGGUUACUAAAUCAGAGUAACCCAUAUGGAUUGUAUUUGUUUAUGGUAUACAGUACAGAGACAUGGAGGCUGGUCAGGAGAUCAGAGCUUCUCACUCCGUUACAAUGAAGCCCGUAUAACACCCAACUGACAAACAAACCAUAACUUCUGCAAAUCGUAUUUAUUAUGUUAGUUACUACAGAAGACAGGAGGCGUAAAUCAGAGACCUUUACACUCCAGUAAUGAAGCUCAGAAUAACCAACCCAAACCUAAACUAACCAUAACCGUAACCUAAAACCUAAGCUAACCCGAAACUACACCGAACUAACCUAAACUAACCCUAACCCAACUAACCUAACCAACUAACCCUAACCCAACCCUAACUAACCCAACCUAACCCUAACCAAACCUAACCCUAACACCAACAACCAACCCAACUAACACCCUAACCCUAACGAACCAACCCGAACGAACCCGAACCCUAACUGAACCCUAACAACCCUAACAACCAAACGAACCCUAACCAACGAACCCUAACCCAACAACAACCAACUAACCAACCCUAACCCAACUAACUAACCCUAACAAACCUAACCCAAUAACCCUAACCCUAACUAACCCUAACAUAACCUAACUAACUAACCCUAACUAACCCUAACCCUAACUAACCCUAACCCUAACUAACCCUAACCCUAACUAAUCCUAACCCUAACUAACCCUAACCCUAACUAACCCUAACCCUAACUAACCCUAAGCAGUUUUACUAGACAUCUUAUUACUUUACCAUCGAGCUGAUAUUUACAAAAUGUUCUUGUACCCUAGAAUGUUCUGAACUAGAUGGACAAAAACCUUACAAAACAUUAUGACACCCAUAACAGAUUGCUUUAUCAAUUAAUACGUUGACACCCAUCCGGGGUGAUUAAUGUAAAUGUUACGCUGAGAAACGAAUGAAACGUCUCCGGUCGACUCGUCAGCGUCUAAUUUGACAGUAAUUAAUCUCUCCAUCCCCCUAGGGAUGAGAUGUUGAUCAGCUACAGAGAACACAUUCAUCAUCGUAACAGGAAGUAAUGAUGGUAUGGCGUCCUACUGUGAUGCUGCUGUUGGCAAAACCUUGCCCUCCUCCUCUGCCUCCGCUCCCCUCAGCUCACUUCUGACAAUGACACAUGUUGAGGUUAUGUACGUCAUUGUUUUGCCCACUAUUUCCUCCCCCCAACGUCUCAGACUUUAUUCAAUAUUUUGACUGCUUCAAAUUUAGGAAAUGGGAAAUUAGAAAAUAACCUUUGUUUUGAAAGUGUAAAAUAUAGGCUACAAGAGGCAGUAAUAAAGUGAAGCUAUGAAACGCUGAAGCUCUACUUAUUGAAAUAGUUGAGUCUUUAAUAUAUCCUGCAAUCAAAACAAGUCAAAUUGAAUGAUUUUAAUGUGUGUUCUCAUCUUAAUCAUGAUUCCUUCUUUCCUUCCUUCCUUCCUUCCUUCCUUCCUUCCUUCCUUCCUUCCUUCCUUCCUUCCUUCCUUCCUUCCUUCCUUCCUUCCUUCCUUCCUUCCUUCCUUCCUUCCUUCCUUCCUCAGACCUCUCCUGAGCUCUUCUGUCCUAAGAAUCGGGCCAAGGACAUAGAUGUCAUACAGCAUGUGAUGCAGGACGCCAAGUUGUUCAUCUACAUCUCUGUCACAGACUACCUUCCCCUACUGAUCAGAAGCUCUCGAGGGUCUUUAGUUUCAAGGUGAUGCUUCCCAAUAUCUGAUAAUAAGCCUAUUCACCUUUUCACAAUGUGUUCAUUAGAGUAGAACCAAUGACAUAAUAAAUGACAAACAAGCUAUAGCUAUACAAUCUGCAAUCUGAGUGCAACCAUAGUCUGCUUGUGCAGCCAUGACUUGAUUUAUGAAUUUGAGAGCCCAAACCCUCAGCUUCUUAGCAAACCAAGUGGCAGGAGUGCCAUUGGCUGAAACACAAAUGAAGGAUUGUGGUUAAAAGUGUUAGCUGACAGUGUAGCUAAAAUUGUUCUUAUAAAAUGUCCUUGUGGUACUCUGCUGUGCAUCUAAUUUCCUGUAACUUUGUGACCCUUCCAUCGGCAUAGAUACUGGUCUCCUAUCGAUGAGAUGAUACGUGAGGCUGUGGUCCUGAGAGGAGUCAAAGUUCGUAUGCUCAUUAGUUUCUGGAAGCAGACCCACCCGCUCACCUUUAACUUCAUUAUGUCCCUCAAGUCACUGUGCAUGGAGCUGGCCAACUGCUCCCUAGAGGUGGUGAGUAAAUGGAAAGAAAAACUAUGAAAUGCCUAUUAAAGAGAUAUACUGUAUUACACUCCAAAAUACCAUGUACUGUAGCUGAAUUUACACAAUCUAUGGUGUGGGUUGAUUCAUCUUGACAUUAGACUACUUCUGAGGUCUAAAAACAUUGAUCUUGGACUGUAAUAUUCCUUUAAGAAAUAAAGUGGCUCAGCAAUUCAGGUUUAUGAUAUCUCAUUGAGUUUUAAAGCAACUUGAAGCCAUACAUUGCACUAGCAUUGCUUCUAUUGCGGUGGUUAUCAAUUUGGUUUUAUGACUUUAAUCUUCUAUUCCUGCAGAAGUUUUUUAGCAGGAGGGAGCAGAUGGCUAAUAGUCAACCAGGAAUCAACCACAAUAAGUACAUGGUGACCGACAGUGCUGUGUACAUAGGUCAGUGAUCCAGAUGUCACUGGGCAUCUACUGUAUCAUUGAUUUACUAGGCAAUUAUACAAUUAUCUAUACAGAGAAGACAGAACAUGUGUAUUAUCCUUUACUGUUAACCCCUCACCACACACACACACGCACACACACACAAACACACGCACACACACAAACACACACACACAUGCACACACACACACACACAUUUUUGAGAGGAGCAAAGAGUCAGCCACAAUGCAGCUCUCCCUGAGCUAGUUUGGAACUCAGUACCUUGCACAGGGCACAAUGGUAUGAUCUCUGUCUGAUGUGUGUAGCCUCUAUUUCCUCAGGUAAUCACGACUGGGUGGGGAGUGAGUUUGCCUAUAACGCAGGGACCGGGCUCGUCAUCAAACCAACACAAACUCUCAAGGAGAGGGGCACCACAAUCCUAGAGCAGGUGAAGGCUGUGUUCGAGAGGGACUGGCAUUCGCGCUACGCUAAAAACAUACAGGCCAGUAAUAGGACUCCAGAGGGUAGCAAAUACAGGAACCUCCAACAACCAGAGGUCAAGGGUCUGCUGGAUAACAAGGAGGGCAAAGAGAGCUGGGAU